UCUGCAGGGGGCGAGUUGCAGUGUGCCGGCUCCUCCCAUCACCCCUGCACUGUGAGACCGGAUUGGUUGAUCCCGCCCCCUCAGGCUCUUUCGCGUUCUAACUUCUGGCCUCGCUCGGCUUCCGUCCUUUCGCUCCGAGCCGCUGCCGACAUGGCUAAGAUCAAGGCCCGCGACCUGCGAGGGAAGAAGAAGGAGGAGCUGCUGAAGCAGCUGGAUGACCUGAAGGUGGAGCUGUCCCAGCUGCGGGUGGCCAAGGUGACUGGCGGAGCCGCCUCCAAGCUGUCCAAGAUCCGGGUUGUCCGCAAAUCCAUUGCCAGAGUGCUGACUGUCAUCAACCAGACCCAGAAAGAGAACCUGAGGAAAUUUUACAAAGGCAAAAAGUACAAGCCUCUUGACCUACGGCCGAAGAAGACUCGUGCCAUGCGCCGCAGAUUAAAUAAGUACGAAGAAAGUUUGAAGACCAAAAAACAGCAGCGAAAAGAGCGCCUGUACCCUGUCCGGAAGUUUGCUGUUAAGGCAUAAACCUUUUGCAUACUAUGGAUCUGUCAAUUAUAUUGGCCAGCUUUUUCUCAUUAAACAUCAAGUUGUUUGGAAACUGACA